AUGCAGUUCGAGUUUGCCUUCAAUGUGAUCAUGAUCCUCGCCCUUACCAGCCUCAAGCUAUCGGUGCUCUGCUUCUACCGACGUCUUUUCGUUGGCCGUUUCUUCAACAAUUUUAGUAAACUUCUCAUCUUAAUCGCAUGCCUCUGGGGGGUCGUGUUCCUCGUUGUCUUCCUCGGACAUUGUGGCACACGCCUCAAGUCUCGAUUUGAGUCCCUGGGUUCUCUAAAAUCCCAUUGUCUGGACACGUUUGCGCUCUUCAUUGCACUCGCGGUAUCGGAUGUUGCAGUUGAUGUGGCUAUUCUGGCAGUUCCCAUCCCGAUGGGUGCCACCACUGACCUGUUCACGGAUUCUGCAAUUGCACCCGCCUCUCCGGAAACGAAUCGGUAUACUGGCCGUGUUCUUAAUCGGCACGAUGUAAGCGUCCCCUUUGUGCUGGCCUCCCCUGCAGAAUUCUAG